AUGGGCCACAUCUCCUACGACGCCGCCGCCGCCUCCGUUCUUCCUCGCCCGCUGCAUCACGGCCUCACAGGACCCCUCACCGGUCACCGCGGCCGUCUCCCGGAUGCUGUGGGGGCACACGCUGCUCCUCGCAUAGCUCAUCCUUGCCAUGCUGCUGGACCGCGGCAUAGCAGAGCUCCUAAUGCGGCAGGCGGCGAUGUCCGAUCCCGCGACGGGCGCCUUCUGUGCCCCUUCCUGCUUCUUCGGCAUAGCAGCUCCUUCACGCCCGACAGCCCUGACCGGCUCUACGGCGACUGGAAGCCCCGGGACUCCGGGAGGUGUACGCGCUGCGGAGCGGCGGGUUUGAGGACAGGGCCUCGAUGCCAAUGCUGUGGGACGCCGAAUGCCGCGAAGUGGUCUGCAACUGCAACGAGAGCAUCGAGAUCCUCAAGUUGCUCUGCCCCAGCGCAGUCUUUUGGGAUUUACCAUAACCAAUCAACAUCAUUGUGUAGGCAUUUGAUGAAAAGGCAUUUGUUAAUCCAAAGAAUUGGUUCAGGAGCAUGGAUGCAACGUUAUGUUCAACUCAACAUUGGGAGCAUGGAUGCGAACGUCCUGAUUGUGUGA